ACCGUUAUCACGCGAACGUUGACACACGUCCGUUCUUUUCUUCGUUUUCAAACUCGACGAAUUCUCCCCACGUGACACUCUAUUGUUAUUUGAUCCUUUGUUUUUUUUCAUUUCUUUUUCUAAUCAUUAUACAACAGAACAAAAAGGAAAGAUCCGUUCGUCGAGAUAGUGUUCUUAUCGGAGAUGAUGCUUCGUGAAAAAAAAUCUAAAGAUCUUUGAUAUACAUUGAUCUAUAGAUAUCGUUCAAUCGUUAUCGAUCUCUUAAUUCUUUCGAUCGAUCCAAAUAUAUGCCAAAGAGAUUUCGAUGAACUUUUAAGACACGAUGUAUAAUUGAAUAGCUUGAUCGUUCGAUAAAGACUACAAAAAACACCGAUGAGCCGGACCAAUUGUUGACUCUUAUUCGUGUUCUUUUUAACAGUAUUUACUUUAUUUUGUUUGCCUUCAGUUAGAGGUGUGUUCUCCAACGUGUGAAGCUUUACCAAUCGAUCCCCGUCCGCGUGUGUUUUGUGCGGUGCUGUUACAAGAUUGACCCCUGCGGUUAUGUUGAAGCGUGUCGAAUGUAUCAGCAGGACCUAACGUAUCUCAAAGGAUCACCACCUUGGUACUUCGGUUGUGUCGGAUGUAAGGAUUUUCCUGGAUACAAUAGACGUCUGAGCGAGGCAUGUUAUGCGUCAAAAAAAUCAACAACGGUGGCUCGCGUGGAAGAUGAUGUGGUUAAGUAAAUAAAGAAAAAAAUAAAAGAGAGAGUGAGAGAGUGAGAGAGUGAGAGAGAGAGAGAGAGAGAGUGAGAGAGUGAGAGAGAGAGAGAGAGAGAGAGAGAGAGAGUGAGAAGACGGAGUGGGAGGUAAAGAGAGAGGAAGAAGAAGAAAGACCUGUCUUCAUCUUAGAAGACAUCAUCAAGAGAGACGAGAGGAAUCAUCAACAGCUGAUUCUGAUUGGUGCACGAUGCUCUGCUAUCGCGCUCUUGUCUUUCUUUUUGCUGUCAACGUGCCAAUCGUGACAGGUCUAGAGCCAGACUUCCUUUACCCGCUGCAGAACGUAACGAUUCCGCAGGGUCGAGACGCUACCUUCACUUGCGUGGUGAAAAACCUCGGUGGAUACCGGGUGAGUCCUUCCUCCUCCACGAGCGGAGAUCACUCUGGCGGCGCCAAGGCCCGGGUAGCGUGGAUCAAGGCGGACACCAAGGCGAUCUUAGCGAUUCACGAACACGUCAUCACUAAUAACGCUCGUCUGUCGGUGACGCACAAUGAUCAGAACACCUGGACGUUGAAUAUACGGGGAGCUAGGAAGGAGGAUGGAGGUGUUUAUAUGUGCCAAGUUAACACGAAUCCAAUGAAGAGUCAGAGCGCCUUCCUCGAAGUGGUAAUACCACCGGACAUCAUAUCCGAGGAAACGUCCAACGAUUUAAUGGUUCCGGAAGGUGGUUCGACUAAGCUGAUAUGUAAGGCUAGGGGAUAUCCGAAACCAGACAUCGUUUGGAAACGAGAGGAUGGCUCGGAGAUCAUAUCUCGUGCUGGCUUGUCUGGCGGCAAAACGAAAACACCAACCGCGGAAGGUGAGGUCCUAGUUUUAUCUAAAGUAACUAGAGGCGAGAUGGGAGCUUAUCUUUGCAUCGCCAGUAACGGAGUACCGCCAUCGGUUAGCAAAAGAAUAAUGUUGCACGUGCAUUUUCAUCCGAUGGUUCAAGUACCGAACCAACUUGUUGGAGCUCCAACUGGAACUAACGUCACGCUGGUCUGCCACGUAGAAGCAUCACCCAAAGCCAUUAAUUAUUGGACUCGCGAAUCGGGUGAAAUGAUCAUCAGUAACAGCAAAUAUUCAAUGUCGGAGACGAAGACAUCUGCUUAUAGCGUGCAUAUGAAACUAGUUAUCAUGAAUCUUCAAAAGCAAGAUCUGGGUGGUUACAAGUGUAUCUCGAAAAACUCUAUCGGAGACGCCGAGGGUAACAUCCGACUUUACGAUAUGGAACUUCCGAAACAUACGAAAAAAAUUGGCGAUCGUCGUGGAGGGGAGGAGGAUAUGAACGAGUUCAUGAAUCCAAGGGAUCAUAGCCUGAAUCGGAUUUAUCAGGGCUCGCUUAGGGAAGCUGGCUCAACCUCUGACCCGUCCGCCAUCGGAGGAGAUGAUUCUGCCUCGUCUACCUCAACGCUUACCGAAAGAUGCAGUUUCAUAUUCUUUUGGAUCUUCCUUCAUAUCGCAACAAAUCGACUGUUUGCCGUUUAACGACAUAAAUCGAAUAUCAAUCAUAUAAGGGGUGUACAAGGAUUAUAGAUUAGAAUUAAUUCGGUCAUAUUUUUAAUCCGAAUUAAACGAUGAACUCUUGUGCGUGUCCUGUGUGUUAGUGUGUGUGUAUGUGUGUGCGCGCGCGUGUGCGUGUUCGUGUGAGUGCAUGCAUGUAUAUGUGUGUGCGUGUAUGUGCGUGUGUGUAUAUGUGUGACAAUUACUUCGAUGGACGACGACGUUCGAUCGUUUAUAAUCUCCGAGAAAUCCACGAACUUUUUUCUUCUCUUUUUCUUUUAUUUUCUCUCUCUCUCUCUCUCUCUCUUUUUUUGUCCUUCUUUUCUUUCUUUCUUUUUAUUUAGUAAUGAUUAUCGAACGAUUCGAUCAUUUAUUUAUCUCAUCGCGAUUAUGAAAUUACGAAGAAAUUACCGCAGACUUUAUUGAUAUUCAUAUUCAAUUAAAUUGAUAUUAUAUCUGAUGGGAGAGAGAGAGAGAGAGAGAGAGAGAGAGAGAGAGAGAGAAAUGUCGAUUAAAUCGCGGUCGUGUGUAAAUUAAAUAUUUUAUCAAUAUUGUCACUAUUUUCUCUGUCUCUUUCUCUCUUUCUAUCUGCCCUAUCCAUCUCUCUCGUUAUCAAUAUUUCAUCUAUCAAUAAUUUGUAUUCUUUAUUUGUA